AUGUUUUCCGAAACCCAUAGCAACGGACAACUCCCAACACCAAAACGAAAUUCAACAACACACAAUGAUAAGGGAGUUUCUGUUCACGUCAAGGACUUACCUGAAUCGCUUGACUUUUGGACAGUCCAGACAAACGGCAACCUGUCCGCUGCUUUUGAGCUAGAAUACGUCACUCAAGACUUUCCAAUUACUCUCAGUCAUGGCGAAGACCUUUCCACUUUCCAAGAAGCAUAUGAAAAUAAAUAA